AGAAUAGUUGCAACCGCCGACGAAGAUUCACCUGGUGUAUUUGAUCUCCGCGGAUGCGUGCGUGCACUAGAGCUAGCGCUUAGGAUUUAUGCAAGUGGGUAUGUUGUGCGGAAAGUGCGAAUUCAUUUAAAUUUGUUGCAAUGGAAUAUAUUUUUAAGUUAAAGAUAUUGGCUAUUAUUCUAGUCGUCACACUGUUCCUAGUAAUCGGCAAUACUCAAAAUACUGACUCCAAUAUUACUAAAUACACAGAAUUCCUACCAAACGAUAUUCAAAAAACUGUUCAAAAUGCACUUGUACUGGAAAAAGCAAAAUCUGCAAAUAGCUGCCAAGAAAAAGAAAAAAUCACAUGUCCAGCCAUGAAGUUUCGAGAACCUUCAGGAAGAUGUAAUAACGUCAGGCAUCCUACAUGGGGCACUAGAGGACAGAAGUUGUUAAGAUUACUGCCACCUGAUUAUGCAGACGGCAAACUACUUCCUAAGAAGUCAUCAAAAAAUUUCAAUCUUCCCAGCCCAGUUGACGUUACAGCAGUCAUUCAAAAAAAGACGAUUAGUAAGCAUGAUUCAGUCACAGCUCUAUUGGGAGCUUGGAGUGAGCUCCUUCUCCACGAUCUUGCCAGUACAGGCAACGUUAGAAGUCAAUAUUGCUGUGGUAAUAAUAGUCAAGUACAUCAAGAAUGCUACGGGAAUAUAGGUGAAAAAAAUUGUAAGGAAUAUAUGAGAACUUUGCCAGCUGUUGAUGAUGAUAACUGUACUUUUGCUUACAGAGACCAAAUGAAUCUAGCCACCUCGUUUCUUGACGCAUCCGCAAUCUACGGAAACACUUUGGAAGACAUGAGUCGACUGCGCACCUACAAAACUGGUCAUGUAAAUAUUUCUACUUGUUCAUCUUGUUUACUUAAUCCAUUGUACACUGUGUUUAUGAAAGAACAUAAUAGAAUCGGAAAGAAGCUAAGUAAAAUAAACCCAGAAUGGACAGAUGAUACACUCUUUUUGGAAAGCAGAAGAGUAGUCACUGCUGAAUUACAGCAUAUUACUUAUAAUGAGUUUUUGCCGCUAAUUCUAGGAGAGGAAACUAUGGUACAAUCACAACUAGAGCUAAAAGUCCAUGGAAGAUUUUCCAAUUACUCAAGUAACAAAAGGGCUGGAGUAUUCAACGAAGUAGCAGUUGCUGCCUUACCCGCAUUACUUUCUUUAGUACCUCAAAAUUUGGCCAAAGUAACACCUGGAACAUUUGAACAGAUGAUUGAUGCUUUAAUAUCUGCUUCGUCACAAACAUUAAGUGCUCAUAUACCUGUACAUGUGAGACCUGACUGGAAUACUUUCUUACUAUAUUUACAUAUGGGCAGAGAUCAUGGUAUUGCUUCCUACUCAAAGUAUUUAACAUUAUGCAACAACUCAGUAAUUACAAGUUUAAAGACAUUCAAUGAUCUUGGAAAACUGAGUAUAACAGCAUCAGAUAUGAAGAUACUGAAGGAAUUGUAUGAUGGUAUUGAAGAUAUAGAUCUCAUUGUAGGUGCUGUUUUAGAAGAACCAUUACCAGAGUCCGAUAGAUUUUGGUAUGAAAACGAUCUUCCUCCAAGUUCCUUUACGGUUAAGCAACUAAACGAAAUUAAGAAAAUAACACUAUCUGGACUGAUAUGCGCCAAUACAAAGAAUCUACAAAAAUUGCAACCCAAAGCUUUCUUACAAGAAGAUUUAUUUUUGAAUUCUAAAAUAAACUGUGAUCAAUAUCAACUGCCUACAUUAUCAGAAUGGGAAGAAGAGGAACCAGUGCCCGACCUAACGGAUGACCUGUUAAAAGAAGCCCUGAGUAAAGCUCAACAAAAUUUGUUGGAGAGGAGGAAAAAGGAGUAUGAAGUGUGGGCACAAGGUGGUGGUGUAAAUCCAAAGUCUCCCCAAGGUACAGCUGUAGCUUUUAGCAAAGCGAACAAAGAAGCAUUAAAACUAGCUAAUACUUCCCUCCUGUUCGAACUAGCUUCGAAUGAAAUUGUUAAUGGUUUAAUGCACCGAAGAAGAAAAAGACACCUGAUUAUUGAAGCUGAACUACCAAUAUUACGAAACGAAGUUACUGAAAGUUUGCAAAAUAUCGAUUUCAGCAACCUGCCACAGUUUGGUCAAAAUGUACAGGCUGAUUUUGAAUGUGAUGAAACUGGUCCAUGCGAUCCUCAAUAUCCAUUUAGGACCUAUACUGGGCACUGUAAUAAUUUGAGAAAUCCUGGAUACGGAAAGGCUUUGGGAACAUUUAUCAGGCUUUUACCCAGUCAAUAUGAAGAUGGAAUAUCCAAAGCAAGAGUCACGGGUGUAACAGGAUUUGCCCUUCCUAAUCCAAGAGUCGUAUCAAGAGUGAUCCAUCCAGAUAUUAGUAACCUUCAUUCAAGGUAUACGUUGAUGACGAUGCAGUACGCUCAGCUUGUAGAUCACGACCUUACGCUGACUCCCAUUCAUAAAGGUUUUGAAGAAUCUAUACCGGAUUGUCGAUCUUGCAACAGUCGUUUCACCGUACAUCCGGAAUGUGAUCCAUUACCUAUUCCUCCUGGAGAUGAUUACUAUCCAGAGUUUAACAUCACAACAGGUGAGAGGAUGUGUCUACACUCAAUGAGGUCACUGCCUGGCCAACAACAUUUUGGACCAAGAGAACAAAUCAAUAUGAACAGUGCUUUUCUAGACGGAUCUAUGAUAUAUGGAGAGAACCCUUGUAAGGCUAGCAUGUUACGAACAAAUGGUGGUCUCAUGAAUUAUACUGUCCAUCCUGUGAGAGGAAAAGAUUUGCUGCCACAGACUAAUAAGCAUCCCGAAUGUAAAUCCCGGUCCGGACUGUGUUUUGCUGCAGGCGAUCCAAGAGCUUCAGAGCAACCUGCACUAACAGCACUACACACUAUUUUCCUGCGAGAGCACAAUAGAAUAUCAGAUUUCAUCAGGAAGAUUAAUCCACAUUGGGACGAGGAGAAAGUUUUUGAGAACGUCCGAAGAAUAGUUAUAGCAUUGUUCCAGCAAAUAACGUACAAUGAAUUCUUGCCGAGGAUUUUAGGUUGGAAUGCGAUGAACAUAUAUGACUUAAAACUAUCUCCAAAUGGAUAUUUCAAAAGUUAUAAUCCUAACUGUAAUCCAACUAUUGUUAAUGAAUUUGCUGCAGCAGCGUUUAGAAUUGGACACUCUUUACUGAGACCUCACAUACCAAGAGUUAGUCCUGCAUACGAAAUUGUCAAUCCACCAAUUCUGCUAAGAGAUGGUUUCUUUAAGAUGGAUAUGAUGAUGAGGGAGAAUAUGGUAGACGAAAUAACUAGAGGACUUAUUUCGACUCCAAUUGAAACAUUGGAUCAGUUUAUUACAGGGGAAGUGACCAAUCAUUUGUUUGAAGAUAGGAGAAUACCAUUCUCGGGUAUUGACCUAAUUGCAAGGAACCUUCAAAGGGCUAGAGAUCACGGUAUUCCAUCUUACAAUAACUACAGAGCCUUUUGCAAUCUAAAGAGGGCUUACAGUUUCGAAGAUCUCUCAAGGGAAAUGACACCGGACAGUAUUGCUAGACUUAAAAGUAUUUAUGCUCACGUAGAUGACAUAGAUCUCUUUCCAGGAGGAAUGAGUGAGAUUUCUCUAAAGGGUGCAAUGGUUGGACCUACGUUUGGAUGUAUUAUCGGCAUACAGUUUCGACAAUUGAAGAAAUGUGACAGAUUUUGGUUUGAAAAUGAAGAUCCAGUGGUGAGAUUCACAGAGCACCAGUUAGCAGAAAUCCGUAAAAUAACUUUAGCUAAAGUUCUUUGCGACAACAUGGAUGUAGAAGGCUACAUUCAAAGAUAUGCCUUUGACCUUCCAUCGAAUUUCUUGAAUCCAAGAGUGCCGUGUCAUUCUUUGCCUUCCAUCAAUCUCCGCGCUUGGAAGGAGUACAGUAACGAUCAAGGAUGUUUAAUAGGAACGAAAUACGUACGCGUAGGGGAAACUGGUUUCGUUAGUCCGUGUACAAGUUGCGUUUGUACUGUUCAAGGUGCAAACUGUGCUUCUCUUAAAGUAACGGACUGUCACCGACUGCUUAGAUUCUGGUCAAGGGAAGCUGUUCUAAAGGAUGAAGUGUGCACUGCGCAGUGCGGAUUCUUACUUAGAGAAUCAAGCCCCUCGUCAUUCCAAAGGUUCAACUUACAUACGCCAAAUAACCCAAAGGAUCAUCUUUCGUUUAUCAUUGAACAAAAUUUUGAACAAUCAAAAGAGUUUGUAAAUGAGUUUUCACAUUUAUUAAAGAAGUAAGACAAACAAUAUCAAUGCCGAUGAGCUUCAAAUUCAAAUUUAUUAAAACUAAGAAAAUUGAUUUUGAUCUAUUAAAUUCCAUCGGUUUUUUACAUUGAAUAUGAUUGGCAAAUAUUGGCAUGAUUAAAUUUAGUGUAAGAAGUUUUUGUAUAUAUGUAUCUAUUAAUUGUAAAAUACUCAAAACUGUGAUGAUUUUUAUUAAAAAAGUGGAACAAUUGUGCUAUUGCCGUUGUGCCAAAUAAAAGUUAAUUAUGUAAUUAAAUGUAAAUAGAUAUUUUGUACCUUUUU